UUUUUCAAGCCAUCUUGACUGAAUAUUUAGCCUCAUCCAAGCAACAUUAAUUUGAUAUCUUCGGGAUUUUGCUACCCUCGAGUUGGGAAGUAGCAUCGUUUGAAAGCUUGAAACCAAAGCUAUGAAACCGGGUCGAGUUUGGGUGUUUGACCGGAGUCACAGCGGAGAACUGGAGUGCUGAAGAUGACGCUGUCGCUCCUGAAAUUACCGGCUAGCUAAGCUAACGGCUAGCAUGUCCGCCUUGGUUGUAGUCUGUCACUAGCUGACAUUUAGCUAGGUGCAGUUAUUCUGUUUGGCACUCGCACUGCAGAGGACGAUUUCACAAGGGAGCUAGUGUAAACUCCCAUGCAGAAGGUGAAGAGUUGGGAAUGUGAGACAGUUGUUAGCGGACUCAACAUGGGUAGGGGUCGAGGCAGAGGGAGAGGAAGGGGCAGGGGAUCGUCUGGCCAGCUGCGGCCCCCCUCGCCCUACAGACUGCAGCUCUCUCCGUCCAGGGAGACUUUGACGUACGCUCAGGCACAGAAGAUAGUGGAAGUGGACCUAGAGGGAAGGCUCCAUCGGAUAAACAUCACGGAUCUUCUGCCAGUUAUCACGGAGGAUGAGAUGAUGGCCCAGGACAUUGCUGAGUGCAACAGCAACAAGGAGAACAGUGAACAAACGCAAAGUAAAACCAGAUCGUGGAGGAAACCUUCAAACAGUAAAAGCAGGAAGAGUGGUAAAAAUACAUCUCACCAGAACCAACGUUCAGGCUCCCAGCAGCACACAGGACCUACUAAUUCCCUCCAGCACCCGUCUCACCAAAUCCCUCUGCCUGAGCCAGUCUUUCGUGUGCUGACUUCAGUUAGCCCCUCAGAGGCGCCUCCUCUCCCAACAGCCUACUAUCGUUACAUAGAGAAGUCAGUGGAGGAGCAGGACAGUGUGGCUGAGUAUGACAUGGACGAGGAGGACCUGGCCUGGCUGGAGAUGGUAAACCAAAAGAGAGUGUCUGACGGCCAUGCGUCUGUAUCUGCAGACACUUUUGAGCUGCUGAUCGACCGCCUAGAGAGGGAAUCCAUCUUGGAGUCGCGCAGCCAGGCUCUGUCUCAGAGUGCCGUCGACGAGGAUGCUUUCUGCUGCGUCUGCCUGGAUGAUGAAUGUCUGAACAGUAAUGUCAUCCUCUUCUGUGACAUCUGCAAUCUGGCUGUCCACCAAGAGUGUUACGGUGUGCCCUACGUACCUGAGGGUCAGUGGCUGUGCCGCUGCUGCCUGCAGUCCCCCUCCCGUCCUGUAGACUGUGUGCUCUGUCCCAACAGAGGAGGUGCCUUCAAACAGACAAGUGAUGGACGUUGGGCCCAUGUUGUCUGUGCCAUAUGGAUCCCAGAGGUGUGCUUUGCCAACACAGUGUUUCUGGAGCCUGUCGAGGGGGUCAAGAACAUCCCUCCUGCUCGCUGGAAGCUCACCUGCUACCUGUGUAAGCAGAAAGGCAGAGGAGCAUCCAUUCAGUGCCACAAAGCCAACUGCUACAGGGCCUUUCACGUCACCUGCGCCCAGAAGGCCGGCCUGUUCAUGAAGAUAGACCCAGUCCGGGAGACCGGAGUCAACGGUACCACCUUCUCUGUGAAGAAGACUGCUUUCUGUGAGCAUCAUUCUCCAGUGGGGUCUAGGCGGGACGGGUCUGGAGAUGAGUCGGUUGAGGGGAGGCUGGUGGGGGGCAGGGGUAACCGAGGUCAAAGGUCCUACACUCAAAGCCCGCCACCACCAACAUCAAACAAGAAGGCAACCAAGGGUCAGAAGAAGAAGAACACAAAGGGGUCGACACGUCGAUCAACUGUGCCUGUGCUGCUUGUGCCUCAGAUCCCCUCUCACAGGCUGAACAAGAUCUGCACAGGAGUGGAAGUCCAGAGGAAGAAUCAGUUCAUGCAGAGGCUUCAUAACUACUGGUUACUGAAACGACAGUCACGAAAUGGGAUGCCUUUAAUACGCCGACUUCAUUCCCAUCUACAAGCCCACAAGGCUGCAGAGCAGAGGGAGCCUGAUGAGAAGCUGUGUGCUGCAAGAGAGGAGCUACGAUACUGGCAGAAGUUGAGGCAAGACCUGGAAAGAGCCAGGCUUUUGGUGGAGCUAAUCCGCAAGAGAGAGCGGCUAAAGAGAGAACAGAUGAAAAUCCAGCAGGCUGCUCUUGAGUUGAAGUUGACCCCUGCGUUGGUGCUUCUGCGAUCCACCUUGGAACAACUGCAGGAGAAGGACACGGCGAAAAUCUUCUCGCAGCCUGUCGACCUGUCAGAGGUCCCAGAUUAUCUGGAGUUUAUUUCCCAACCCAUGGACUUCUCCACCAUGUGCAGCAAACUGGAGGGGCACGCCUACUGCUCCAUCACGGACCUAGAGAAAGACUUUAACCUCAUGAUCUCCAACUGCCUCAAAUACAACUCCAAGGACACCAUGUUUCACAAGGCAGCCUUACAACUGCGGGAGGUGGGUGGAGCCAUUCUCCGCCACGCCCACAGGCAGUCUCAGAGCAUCGGCUUGGACCCCAGCACGGGCAUGCAUCUCCCAGAGUCUCCGAACAAACAUGGCUUCUACAACUGCACGUGGGAUGAUGUCGACUCCCUUUUGAACCCAGAGAACAGACUGCACUUAACCACAGAAGAACAGCUGAAGGCCUUACUGGACAAACUGGACAUGGUUGCAUCCAUGCGCACCAGUGGUGGUCGAACCAAACGCAUCAGGCUGCUGCGCAGGGAGAUCAACGCUCUCAGACAGAAGAUGAACCAGCAGCAGCAAAACUCUCAGCCUGUGAAUGGCAAUGACAAGGAGGAGGAAGGAAAAGAAGAGGAAGAGGAGGAGGAGGAAGAAGAAGAGGAGGAGGAGGAGAAGGAAAAGAAAAAGGGGCAGACAAAUAUUGUUGAUGAUGGGCCUUUGACAUCAGUGUCCAGCUCUGCGACUGACGACCUUCCACCUGUGCUAGAACUCACCUGCCCAGUAUCAUCACCGCUGCCAGGAGAUGCUCCUCUCGAACCUCCCGUCCUGGGCAUUGUACCUGGAGGGCGAAGGUCACCCGGACGCUCCUACAAGCGUCAGAGGUCAUCCCGUAGUGGGAGCAAAAGCCAAGGUGAAGAUGAGGCAGAAGUUGGUGAAACGCCAUCUUCCCAACAGGAAGCUGUUCACGAGGUUACUCCGCUGGGAACACCUCCCACACUGCCCUUGGCUGGAGUUGGUCGCCGUACGUCUGUUCUAUUUAAGAAAGCUAAAAAUGGGGCACGAAUGGUAAAAAAGUCCCCAUCACAACAGAACGAGAAGACGUCAGAGGGUAAAGCAAAUGGAUUGGACACGACCCCUUCUAGCCCAAAUUCACCCAGUGUGACCAACAUCACCACCUUACCUCCCACUCCGAACGCUUCUCCUACACCUCCCUCUCCUUCCUCACACCACCUGAGGUCCAGAGGCCCCAGCUCAGACAGUGAGGCAAACAAACUCCCUCAACCACCCAGAGAAGGAGCAGGCCUGACUAAUGGAAAGCACACCUCAGCAGAUCACGAUGAGGACGACCAAAAACUAAACUGUAGUGUCCCACCACCCAAACGAAGCCGUGGUAAACCUGCACUGGCAAAAGUUCCUGGCAGUGAGAAUGGAGACAUCUGUGGGUCUGGACAGUCUACGCUUCUGUCUUUAGAUAGUGAUACCGAGCUUGGACCUCUGGACCUAGUAUGGGCCAAAUGCAGAGGAUAUCCAUCAUACCCAGCAAUGAUUGUUGACCCAGACAUGCCCCAGGAAGGGCUUCUUCACAACGGCAUCCCCAUUCCAGUGCCUCCUGUGGAGGUACUCAAACUGGGCGAGUGGAGAGAAACGGAAGAGGGCGAAAAGCUCUUCUUAGUGCUCUUCUUUGACACCAAAAGAACUUGGCAAUGGCUCCCUCGGAACAAACUACUGCCAAUGGGGAUGGAUGACACUGUAGACAAACUGCGCUUAAUGGAGGGCAAGAAACCCAGUGUUCGCAAGUCUGUACACACUGCAUACGACCGGGCCAUGGUGCAUUUAAACCACGUGAGAGGAAACCUAAAUUUCACUCCCUCCAAUUUUAUAUAAAAUUUUAGUUUCAAGAUUUUAUGAAAGUAACAGGCCGUCUGGUUAUAUGUAUAGAAGCUUCAUCAAUGCUCUUAAGAAGGAGGGAAAGUAAAACAAAGGGUUAACAUUUCCAACAGCUGGUGGUAUUUGAAGGUUUUCUGCAUAAAACUGUUCUGAUUUAAGUGCUUGAAGACAUUUUCCUAGAUGAAUUUGUUCAUUUCUCCAUGUAAUUUUUUGUAAGAGAUUUUACACAACCACUGUUGCUAUGUGUUCAUAUAAAGUUUUUAUUUAAGGCCAAAGUGAGUCAAGACUCUGGUGAGGAAAGUGUAAAUAUUGAAUUGUCAAAGGGAUCGUCUUGAUUCAAAACAUAUUUAGAUUGUAUUUGCCAUUGAAAUGUCACUGUGUUUAAUGAGGUGUGAAAGUCCCACUUAGUGUUCAUGUCAUAUCUGGACUCCACAGAGGUUUGGCUCAGACAGCUAUGAAAGGAAAUUUAAAAGUUUUGCCAUCAAAAAAUGCAUUUUAAGCAUUUUUCUCUCCAAAUAAAUGUGAAAGGCACCAAACCCAAAACCAUUUAUUCAGAUACUCCCUCCACUGAAUCACAUAGCAUCCCGUCUUUAAGUCACUACUGAUGUUAAAGCUGAAGUACAGGACUUUAUACAUAAAAAUUAAAAUCCCUUGGCAAACAAGUUCACACAGUUCUGAUUAAGCCUAUCAUCACCAGGAAAAGCUCUCUGUAUUUCACAGUAUACUGGAGAUGUGUUGUCUGUGCUGACUUUCCUGCGCUGGCGCACUGAAAGUCAGAGUCCUGCACCCACAAAGCUCAGUGUUGGAACCAACCAGUUAGCCAAAAUGAUCCCCAAAUCAAAUCCAGAUCUGACUUGGCCUGUGAUUGAACACACCAUUUUGCUGUUACACCGUUUUGUGUAAUGGACGGUCCCAGUUGGCGCUCGCUCAGUCAUCUCCCACUUGAUUGUGCCACAUAUCCAAAGUCACUGCCCCCUUGCUGCCAGUCAGCUGCAUCCUGAGCUCUGCAGUUAUGUUUUAUCGAACGUCCUCUGCCUAAUUUGUCAAGCAGAAGCUGCUGAGUGUCUACACAGCCAGCUUGGACACCUAUUAUUACUUAUGCUGUCACCCGCUGCCCAUCCACAUUUAGUUUUGAAUCUUACAUCAGCCAGCCCGAGCUAAAAGGGGCAGGAAGUGGGGAGAGCCCAUAGAAGCUCCGAGUAGGAUGGAAGCUGUGGUAAAAAAAAAUCCUAAAAAGCGACCAUGUAAAGUUUCUGUAGUGGAUGCCCCAUUUAAAAAAAGAAAUUCAGCCUUCAGGGGAGUAUUAAAUAAAAAAAAAAAAAAGACUUGAACAGAGUUCUGCUGGAGGCAAUGGAGAUGUGUGGAACUCACCUGCAGGCAUACAUCAUAAACAUGUGUCAGCAAUGUGCAGUUACUCUCACUGCUGGAGGGGGGAGACAAAACGUCUGUGCUACAGCUUUAAACAGAGCAUUACUCAAAAAGAAACAGAUCAAACCUGCUCAAGCUGGCACUGACAUUAAAGUUAAAGCUAAACCCAAAGUGGAGCGUUUGAAUCCUAGAGUAUGUUUUGGGUUUGUACACACCACAUUUAUUCAACAGUUCUGAGAACUACUCAGUAGAUUCAACAAGAAAGAAAUUCAAUCUGAAAUGAAUAGAAAUGCUGAUACUGGCUGCCGAUGCAAACAUUCUCGAACUUUUAGUCCAGCUACGACGUGUUGUCAGUGGGACUUUAGAGGUCUUUACUUAUUUUUCCAUAUUGUGAAACUGUAUUAUGAUACUAGAAUGUUGGAGUACCCGGUGCAGCUACUUGCUUGGUGAGAUGUGAAGCCACUACAGAAAUGAAGCUGAUUAUUUUGUGGUUCUGACAAACGUCUACUGCGAUCACUCACUGAAUAUCUUGCAAUUUGUUUGCAAAUCUGGCUGAAAUGACUUGAAAAGCACAAUCGGUCUGUUUAAAAAAGGAAAAAAAAAGCAGAACUUGUAGGAUUGGUGACUCCUGGAGCCAUAUAUGUGGCAAAAACUUUAUGUGUGUGUGUGUACAGUAUAUACAUAUAUGAAUACAACCUCAGUGUAGUAAAGGUGCAUGUGUAUAGUUUUGUAAAUAUGUAAAUGUAUGUUUAUAUUGGCUUACAUGAAGUAAUUUAAGGAAUGCAAAAAUCAAAUUUAGAUUUUAAUUUAUAAUUUGUGGCAGUCAAGAGUGUUAUUUAAAAAGUAAACUAUUGAAAAGAUUUAUGUAUGAUGCUAAGUAGCUCUUUGUAAUAGUGAUGGUAUUCACAAACAUGUCAGAAUAUAUUCUCUAGAAGUGAGGCGGCACAAGACCUGAGCUCUGUAGGCGGCAGCGACCACACUCGUCUACAAGAGUUGUUUGGUUUGGGGUUUUUUUUUCCUCUUGGGUGGCACGGGAGAUUUUUGAUCUUGUCAUUUGAAUUGUACUGCAAGAUCUAUAAUCUGCCUUUGACAAUAUUUUCU